GAUCUUCGAGGUUGGCAUUUCCGUCCAGAAGCCCUACAACCCCAAUCAUUUCACCUCAACUAACCGCAUCGCGGAUCUAUGAAUCCUUUCGCACUAUUACACCCACUGAUAGCAAUGAUGACCCAUUCCGAACGCCCACCACACAUCGCAGCCAUAGUUCGAGCUCCAAUGGAACGACACUGAUGCGCAAACGGACCGCAUCCAAUGACUACCUAAGUAAGAAUAUUUCAAUCAUCCUUGAGAACUUAUUAAAAAGCUACGAGCAGUCACAAUUGCCAACUCACGGAAAAGGUGUUCCGACAAUAGUCAGGACGAAUAUUCUCAUAAGGAGCAUGGGUCCUGUAUCCGAGUUAGACAUGGACUACUCAAUGGACUGCUACUUCCGGCAAUAUUGGCGAGACAAAAGGCUUAGCUUCAAAGGACCCAUUAAAAGUUUGUCACUCAGCAUAAAGAUGCUUGACAAAAUCUGGAGGCCAGAUACGUUUUUCUUCAACGGAAAGCAUUCACACAUCCAUACCAUAACAGUGCCAAAUAAAUUGCUGAGACUCAGCCAGGAUGGAGAUAUUUUAUAUUCAAUGAGGUUGACGAUAAAAGCUACAUGCCCGAUGGAAUUGAAAAACUUUCCCAUGGACCGUCAGUCGUGCCCCUUAAUAAUUGGAAGCUAUGGAUAUACAUCCCGUCAGCUGGUUUACGAAUGGUACAGUGAUGAUGCUGUCAAUUUUGUUCCUGGAAUGACAUUAAAUCAAUUCGAUUUGAUUAGUAUGUCACACAGGAAUUCAACAUACGAAAGGAGAGAAGGGGAAUUUUCAGUUCUACUUGUGGCAUUCAAUCUUAAAAGACACACAGGAUAUUUUCUUAUUCAGGUUUACGUGCCAUGCAUAUUGAUUGUAGUCCUAUCUUGGGUGUCCUUUUGGAUACAUCGUGAGGCAACAAGUGACCGAGUUGGUCUGUGCAUAACAGCUGUGCUUACUUUAUCAACUAUCAGCCUGGAUUCUCGAACGGAUUUGCCAAAAGUCAAAUAUGCCACUGCCUUGGAUUGGUUUUUGUUGAUGAGUUUUUUAUAUUGCAUUGCAACUUUACUUGAAUUUGCAGGAGUUCAUUAUUUCACAAAGACUGGAAGUGGAGAGAUUCCAGUAAGUGAAGAUGAAUGGGAAGAUGUCGAUGAAAUGGCUGAAGAAUCCGAUGGAGUCAUAACGUCAGAGCAUAAAAGCACAGAUUCCAUGAGAGGUUCACCACAAUCUGUGUCAGGAGCAUUUCGAAAACGAAACUCAAUGAUUUGUCCAAUAUACAACGAUCCAACUCUUAUUUUUCAAGCCCCAUCGUCACAUGCUUCGACAAUGGAAAGGACAACUCAAACCGAACCGCCAGUCACUUCGAAAUGCAAACAAGUUUGGCUAUGUUUCAUUGGAGAUGAUAAAUUUCGAAAACAACGAGAAAGAGAUGCAACUGUCAAAGGAGGUCGCCAUAUGAAUAGCGUUUCUCUGAUUGAUCAAGUUGCACGGAUUGCAUUUCCAGCUUCGUUUAUAUUAUUCAAUUUAUUAUAUUGGCUGGCAUAUGGAAUGUAUAAAAAGGACUUUCCAUGGUAGAGACUCGAAAUAGGAUAUGGAGAAGUUAAGGAACUUUUCAUCAUCAGUUGUAAUGUUGUAGCAGAUAAAAUGCAUUUAGUUUAAAAUUUAAACGUGAAUAUUUUGUUGUUGUUUUUUUUAGCUUUUUGUUAUAAUUAAUAAAUUAAAUUGUUAUUAUAUAUGCUUGUUGAUAUUGUAAUACAAUUUAAAAACGUACAGGAAAA